UUCGUACUUGGUAAAAAAUACAUUUACUCCAUCACGUACUAACAAUUAAAAGUACGAUUUGGUAUUCUGCAUUUCCAUGUUGUAUUAACAUAACACUAUUUAUUUACACUGUGGUAGCAAUGCAAAAACAGUUUCUCUCAAGCUGCUCUAUCUUAACCACCAUAGAUGAAAAUACAGCUAUGUAUAAACCAUGUUGUGGCUUCUGCUUCUAAUCAUUUUUGCUGCUUUGGUGUUCUGGAGGGUAAAAUUGUCCCACUGGUCUAAAAAAUGCUCCAAACAAAUCGUCCACGGUUGGUGGUUGGGUAGCAUCUGGAAAGCAAUCACAAGUAAAGAAACUUUCCCUGAAAUGAUACUAAAUGCUUACAACAUGGAACCCAAUAGCAGAUAUUCCACCUUUCACCAACUAUUACAUCCAGUUCUCCUAAUUAAAGAUCCAGACCUCAUCAAACUAAUCACAGUGAAAGACUUCGACCACUUCGUGAACCACCACUCCAUGGUUCUUCCACAAUGUGACCCAAUCUUUUCCAAAAACCUGCUACUACUGAAAAACCAAAACUGGCGCGACGUAAGAUCAAUUCUCGCCUCAGUUUUUACAACCAGCAAAAUGAAAUACAUGUUCUCCUUAAUUACCCAAAAUUGUGACAACUUUGUUAGCCAUUUUUUGCAAAAAAAUGAACCACUGGUGACUGUAGAAAUGAAAGAGAUAAUGACAAGGUUCAUGAAUGACGUGACUGCUAGUAUGACUUUUGGUAUAGAAGUAGACGCGAUGAAUAACCCUGAAGAUGAAUUUUACUUAAAAGGAAAAGAUUUGACAGAUCUUUCUGGUCUAUCCAGAGUUUUGAAGUUUCUUGGAAGUUUUAUAGCACCCAAAAUCUACAAAGUGUUCAAAAUAUCGCCUUUUCCUCAAAAAACAAUCCAGUUCUUUGCCGCGAUAGUCACAAACAAUAUUUACAUUCGCCAAAAACAAAAAAUACGUGAGGCCCGACAUGAUCAAUAUUCUUCUAGAAGGUAGAAAAAACCCGUCGAAAGAUGAUAAAAUCAAAAUAACAGAUUUAGAAAUCGCAGCUCAAGUGAUAGCUUUUUACUUUGCUGGUUUUGAAACCAUGUCUGGAUUAUUGUCAUUCAUGGCUUACGAACUUGGUGCCAAUCCAGAAGUCCAGAAACAGCUCAUUCUUGAAGUAGAUAACACUUUUGACGCUUGUGGUGGCAAAAUCACGUACCACGCUAUUUCGGGUAUGAAAUAUAUGGACAUGGUUGUGUCUGAAGCUUUAAGGAAAUGGCCUGGGAUCAUGGUCACUGAUCGAGUUUGCAGUAAGCCAUAUACAAUCCCGCCAAAGUUUCCAGGCGAAAAGUGUGUUCAUUUGUCAGAAGGUUCAUCUGUAUGGUUACCCAUUUUUGCUAUCCAUAGAGAUCCUAAUUAUUAUCCGAAUCCGGAACGUUUUGACCCGGAGCGUUUCAAUAAUGACAAUAAAAGGAAGCUGAAACCAUACACGUAUUUGCCGUUUGGUGUGGGACCUAGAGGGUGUAUUGCUUCAAGACUAGGACUCCUGGAAGCCAAGACGUUAUUUUUUUAUAUUUUGGCCAAUUUUGAAAUAGUUUCUGUUGACAAAACUGAAAUACCGUUGAGGCUUAUUAAGAAGAGGAUAGCUAUGAAAGCAGAAGGAGGGUUCUGGUUUGGGCUUAGGCGUCGUACAAUUAUAUAAUUAUUUUAUUGUAAUUUUUGCUCAACUUUUGUAUUAUUAUUCAUGAAAAUUUUCAAGAAGAACGAA